UUCGCCUGGCGAACAACCGCGCGCACUCGGUGAAAGUCACGGAAAUAACACUGUGUGUGUGUGUGUCCCAACGCGCUUGAACGGAGCGUGUGUUCACACGCGCGCGACUCUUCUGUCCCGUUCCGCUUCGGGGGGCCACUCGUGGAAAAAUCGUUUCGCCGAUAAAAUGGAUAGGAUCCGGCUAACAGGCCCGGCGAGGAUGCCCAUUAUCGCAGUUUUGUUCCUGAUCCUGCGUUCCGCGUCGGCGCAGGGUCGUGUCGAGGAAACGCAGAUGGACACGCACGAGGGGUCCACGGUGCAGCUGCAGUGCCGAUUCACCCCGCCCCGGGAGAACGUGACGUGUUUCUGGCUGACGCACACGAACGACAAUCACGACAACGCGGCGGUCGACAAUCGCGAGCUGUCGCCCCAAUACAAAGUGUUCAUGAACCUCGAGGAGGGUCGUUACGAUCUUCAAAUUCGUAACGUCUCGUACGAGCGUGACAACGGCAAGUACGAGUGCCGUGUGAAGGCGAACGGAGCUGGGAUCGAUCUCCACCGGAAGUUCAUCACGUUGACGGUGCUCAGAGCGCCUGGACCUCCGUCGAUCUCGCCGACUUCUGCGUCCGCGACCGAAGGCCAAAAGCUCGAGCUCCAGUGCAAUACAAACGGCGGUAGCCCCGAGCCAGAGGUGAGAUGGUACCGUGGCAACGAGACCAUGAUUCUUCACUCCGGAAGGACGUUGUCGGUCGAGCCGAAGAAAGAGGACGACCGGGCGACGUUUCGUUGCGUGGUUAGGAAUCGCGCGAUGCGUGACGGUGACACGUUGAACGCCACGGUGACCCUGGACGUGAAUUACUUCCCACGGGUCACCGUCGGCCCGGAGAACCCGUUGAAGGUGGAGGUAAAGGGAACAGCGAAGCUCGAUUGUCGAGUGGACUCUAAACCUGUGGUCGAAAUGGUACGAUGGUGGCGGGACGGUAGCUUCGUGGCGACCACUUUCCAGCACACUAUCAGACGGGUCACCGUACAGGACUCCGGCAAGUACACCUGCCAGGCGGACAACGGGCUCGGUAAAAGGGGCGAAAGUUCCCUGAUACUCGACGUGCUUUAUCCGCCUACUGUCUCGAUCGAGGGCGAUCCUUUGAGGAUAGCGGAAGUCGAGGACACGGUCACUGUGCAUUGUAAUGCCACGGCGAAUCCACCGCCGUCGGUGAUCGAAUGGCUGAGGGACGGUAGACCGGAUUUUCGGCAGCUUGGAUCGAUUCUACGGUUGAGUCGCGUCACGGCUGACCAUGCUGGGAAUUAUACCUGCCGCGCGGUUAACACGAUACAUCCGUCUGGCGGCGAACGAAAAAACUACUCUGCCACCGCGAAACUUACCGUACGGGUUAGGCAUAAACCUGGCCCCGCGAGGGUCACGCCUGACUCGCCCGUCGCGGUCGAGGGAUCCAGGGUGAUUCUUACCUGCAUGGCCAGUCCGGCCGGUUAUCCCGAACCGCGGUACAAGUGGUGGAAGGAGGGCGAAUCAGGGACGAUAUCGUUACCCUCGGAGAACACUGGACCGAGAUACGAGAUCGACUCUGUUCAUCUGGGUAGCGAGGGUACCUACAAAUGCCACGCCACCAAUGAGAUCGGGAACGGCGAAGCUGCGUCCGUUAACCUGACCGUUCACCAGCCACCGAAAAUUCUCACCAAACUGCAACCACAUGUUACCAGAAAAGUCGGCGAGUCUUCGUUCCAAGUCUCCUGCGUGGCGCAGGGCAAGCCACGGCCUAGCGUGCGUUGGUUGAAAGACGAUCAAGAGUUAACCGCCGACGAGAGACUGUACAAGGUGACGACCACCGCAUCGGAGGGUCACGGGAACGUGAUCACCGUGAAUUCGACGUUGAGCUUCCUCGGGCAUGCCAGGCCCCAGACCGACGAGAUCGUGGCCAGCGAUCGCGGCAAGUACACGUGCGUGUUCGUGAACGAGGUGAAGAAGGUCGAGUCGACGAUGAUGCUGAAGGUGGAACACGAGCCGAUCGCGCUCCACCAGCACGGCAAGGUGGCGUACAAUCUGCGAGAGACAGCGGAGGUCGCCUGCAAGGUCCAAGCAUGGCCCAAGCCCGAGUUCCAAUGGAGUUUCGGUUCGAACGCGGCCAGUCUUCAAGGAUCGUCCAGCGACGGCCAUUACGAGAUCUCGACGAGCAGCGACAACUACGACGUGUACACCUCGGUACUGAGGAUAACGAACAUAGGGGAGCUAGAUUACGGGGAUUACAGUUGUCGAGCUGCGAACGCUCAAGGUAGCAUCACCUCGACGAUCCAGUUGCAACCGAAAGGCGCUCCAGAACGGCCAAUCAACAUCACCGCGAUGGACGUAGGACCUACACACGUGGCAUUGCUCUGGGAGCUCGGUUUCGACGGUGGUUUACCGAUCACCAAGUACUACGUGUCCUACAGACGCGUGCCAGACGGCGAUGAGAUCGUCGCCCCGGAUUGCGCUGUCCCGAGACCGCCCGCCGGCGAAUGGCUCGAGCACGAAUGCCGUCAUUCCAACCCCUGCAACGUGACCAACCUCGAGCAACAUCAGACUUACACGUUCAAGGUGAAGGUGUACAACACGAAGAAUCAGUCGGACUAUUCCGACGAGUUCACAGCGACCACCGUUGUCGCGAAGAUCCCGUCGCCGCUUCGAGUCAGCUACGAUCCUGAAAGUGGAAUGCUGGCGAUCAGUGUUGGAGCCACGUGUUUGUCGCUGGUCGCUUCGAUCGAGAAGCUGGACACAUCGACGGCUGUGACGGCGGAGCCUCAAUGGAGGAUCUUGAACGAAUGGCCGCUCGAGGUUCUUGGUAGCGCUUCGACACAGAAGGAGGAUGUCCUGGACGAUCCUGAGGCGUUGGAGGAUGAACCGAGACUUAGGAUCAGAUUGUGCUUGAAGGCUGACCGGCAGAAGUGCGGCGAGUACGCCGAAGCUGAGAUUGGUCCCUCGUACAUCGCGCAAGCAGGUGCUCUGGCGACGCCCACGUUGAUCGCCCUGGUCGUCAGCGGGGCCGUUUUCCUACUGUUCGCCGCGCUUCUCUUGCUCUUUUGUCGAUGUCGCCGAAAGCACGCCACCAAGGCCAAGGAUUACGAGAUGGACUCGAACGCGGUACGACCGAGCUUGGUCGCGGGAAACGGCCAGCAGAGCCAAGCACCGCCGCCUUACUACGCGGAGAACAAAGCCCUGGAGCACAGCUUGGACCACGCGUUGGCCAUGGAGGACUCGAAGACCCCUGCGUACUCGCAACCUGGAUACGGUUAUCACCAGCCGAAUCACAAUAUCAAUGGCGUGAACAUGGGUUACAUGGACAACAGUUAUUCGAACUCGAAUAACGGCGGUUCCGUGAACUCGCAAGACUCCAUCUGGCAGAUGAAGUCCGCGGCCGCGAACGGAGUCGGCCAGCCGUACGACCUGGCCGCUUACGCGACCACCGAGUCGGAUUACCCGACCCAUCCUCAUUACCUCCCACAGAGGGAGGAUUACCGGGAGAGCCAUAAUCUAAGUCGACAGCAGUUUUGCUCGGAACCAUUCGCCACCGUCGUAAAGUCUCAAAAACACGUCGAUUCGCCGUACGACGUGUCCGGUCUACCGUAUCAGGAGACCUACGACGAGGACGCGAAGCCACCUCAGCAGGUUAGCCUGUCGUACGACGAGAGCCUGGAAUCCGGUUACUCGACCCCGAACAGCCGUGGACGUCGUAUCAUACGCGAGAUAAUCGUUUGAGAUCUGCCCACCGGCUCGCGAGCCGGGACCACGCGCACCACUUGGCUAUAGCAGGAGGCUCCACCCACCGGUUAUCAUCAUCAUCAUCAUCAUCCGGUGGACCACGCUUCUCACGAUCCCCUCCGUCAUCGUAUGGAGAUUGUGAUCGAGAAUCCCGUGGAAUCACCGCCCCCGCCACCCCCGCCACCGCCGC